AACCGGAAUUAAAAACAAACCUCACAAGUCUCCGAGUGUACAGUAGGGGAUUUUCGUGUUUCGCAGACGAGUACAGUUACAGAAUACAAAUACAUUUCUUGUAUCAGUUCAGAUUUCCAUAUGCCAGGAUGGACUACCGGGAUGACCGCGAGUUUUCGGAGGUUUCCGAGAGGCUGGAGAAGUCUUUGUCCAUAGAUGCUGAGGAUAAACUGGAAAAGUACAACAGACUCAUUUCCAACGGUAAAGAUGUUGCCAAACAAGGGGACAUCCAGAAAGCGCUGGAGCUGUUCAAACUCGCUUACAACAUCCACCAGACCCCCAAGCUCGAGAGCAGGAUAAAGAAAAUAGAAGAACUCUUGGCUGAGAACAAUUUGGAGGACGAAGACGACGAGUUUGUCAAUGUGAACGGCAGCGGGAUGAUGUUGUACAAAGAACUCCACAACAAACUGUACGACUAUCAGAGAGAUGGAGUUUCUUUCCUCUACGGUCUCUAUCGAGAUGGACGUAAAGGGGGGGUUCUAGCCGACGACAUGGGGCUGGGAAAAACCAUCCAGAUUAUAUCCUUCCUGUCGGGCAUGUAUGACAAUGAGCUGAUAAAACACACACUGCUGGUCAUGCCAAUGUCUCUGAUCACAAACUGGAGCAAGGAGUUUGCUAAGUGGACCCCGGGGAUGAGAGUCAAGGAGUUUCACGGCACCAGGAAAGCGGAGAGGACCCAGAGUCUGGAGAGGGUUCAGCGGCGGUCGGGGGUCGUCAUGACCACGUAUAACAUGUUGAUAAACAACUGGCAGCAUCUCUCCUCGUACCAGGGGAGAGAGUUCAUCUGGGACUACAUGAUCCUGGACGAAGCUCACAAAAUAAAGAACACGUCCACCAAGACGGCCAAGAGUGCCUACGCCAUUCCUUCAAGGAACAGGAUUCUCCUGACGGGAACUCCGGUCCAAAACAACCUGAGGGAAAUGUGGACCCUCUUUGACUUCGCUUGCCAAAGCACUCUCCUGGGAACGGCCAAGACUUUCAAAACGGAGUACGAGAACCCCAUCACCCGGGCCAGGGAGAAGGACGCCACCCCGGGGGAAAAGGCCCUCGGCUCGCGCAUGUCCGAAACCCUCAUGGCCACCAUCAAACCCUACUUCCUCCGGAGGACGAAGGCGGAGGUGGAGAAGAAGAACAAGCUGAACGCCAAGCUGAGACAAUCGAACAGCAAGAUCAACGAAGUCCAAAGAGAUGGCGUCACCUCCGGAGCAAUUAUGCCCAAACUGACGCGGAAGAACGACCUGAUUGUCUGGAUUUCCCUGAGCGCCAUUCAGGAGGACAUUUACAGGCAGUUCAUCGCCCUGGACCACAUCAAGGAGCUUCUCAUGACCACCAGAUCCCCUCUGGCUGAGCUGAACAUCCUGAAGAAGCUCUGCGACCACCCCAGGCUGCUCUCAGCGGGGGCCACGGCCAGGCUGGGCCUGGAGGACCACGCCGCGGGAGGCCUGGAGGACCACGCAGCGGGAGGCCUGGAGGACCACGCAGCGGGAGGCCCGGAGAACGGCACCGCGGACACCGACUCCUGCUCCAUCGCCAACGUUCCAGACGAAACCUUGAUCUCAGAGUCUGGAAAACUUGGCUUCCUGCUCUCCCUUCUGGAAAGGCUCAGAGAAGAAGGCCACCGCACGCUCGUCUUCGCUCACUACAGGAAGGUGCUGGACAUGGUCCAGCGUAUUCUCGGCAACAGAGGCUUUAAAGUGCUGCGUCUGGACGGCACCAUAACUCAAACCGCGGAGCGAGAACGGCUCAUCACUCUCUUCCAGACGGACAAACGCUACACCGUCUUCCUCCUCACCACUCAGGUGGGCGGGGUCGGCAUCACCUUGACCGCGGCCAACAGGGUGGUCAUCUACGACCCCAGCUGGAACCCGGCGACAGACGCCCAAGCCGUCGACAGGGCGUACCGCAUCGGCCAGACGGAAAACGUGGUCAUCUACAGGCUGAUCACCUGCGGCUCGGUGGAGGAGAAGAUCUACAGGCGGCAGGUUUUCAAAGACUCUCUGAUCAGACAGAACACGGGGGACAAGAAGAACCCGUUCCGGUACUUCAGCAGACAGGACCUUAAAGAGCUGUUCGUCCUGGAGGACACCCGCUCUUCCUCCACGCAGCUGCAGCUGCAGGCUCUGCACGCCCGGCACCGCCGCACCGACACGGAGCUGGACGAGCACAUCGCUCACCUCCACGCCAUGGGCAUCUUCGGCAUCUCGGACCACGACCUGAUCUUCUCCGUGGAGAGCCACCAGGACGAGGCCCUGGAGGACCAGCAGGAGCACCAGUACAUCGAGGGCCGGGUCCAGAAGGCCCAGGACCUGGUGAAGGCCGAGUCUGAGCUGCAGAUGCAGCUGGCGGAGAGCAUGGCGACCAGCACAGAGCCGGCCUGGCUGAGACCCUCGCUGAGCACCGACCCCGAUGAGAGGAGGAGGAGGAGGAAGAGUCCCCAGACCAGCCCGGCAGAGCCGCAGGCCGGCUACCCCUACAGCUCACCUGUUGACCUGGAUCUGGACCAGGCCGGUUCUGAGGACGAUCUGGGCGGUUCUGAGGCCAGCCCGUCUGAGGAGGUGAUCGACCUGACGGUGGACGUGUCUCCUCCUGGCCGGGACCCGGGCCAGGACCCGGGCCAGGACCCGGGCCAGGACCCGGGCUCUGACGCAGCAGACGCCUCGCUGGUGGAGCUGAUGGACGGGUCUACGUCGCCCCCGGGUCAUCACUCCAGAGACUUGGACCCAGACUCACCCCCGGGUCAUCACACCAGCCCCCCGCGCUCUGACAAGGACCCGGCCUGGAACUCGGCCCCGGACUCUGCCAGGGACCCGCCCCAGGACCCAGACUCGGACCCAGACUCUGACUCGGACCUGCACCCGGCCUGGGACUCGCCCUCGGGUCAUCACACCAGCCCCCCACGCUCUGACCAGGACCCGGACUCGGCCCAGAACCCGCCCCAGGACCCAGACUCGGCCCCAGACUCUGACUCGGACCUGCCCCCGGCCUGGGACUCGGCCCUGCACCGGGACUCGGCCCUGCACCGGGACUCGGCCCUGCACCGGGACUCGGCCCUGCACCGGGACUCGGCCCUGCACCCGGCCACACCGCAGACCGGGGUGGGUUCUGUCCUGCAGCAGACAGACGCCAGCAUGAAAGCGGAGGCCUCCAGAGCUGAUCUGGAAUCGUUCGGGGGAAACUUCAACCUGCAGCUGGAGGACAGUCUCAACGACACCUCGGACAACCCCAGGACCGAGGACGAGCAGCGGGUGCUGCUGUCCCAGCUGCUGACAGACGGAAGCUUCAACAUCAACAAGUCUCUGACGCAGAGCCGACAAACCACAAACGGCUGCUCGGGUCUAGACGAUUCCAUCAUGUUUGGCAGAAAAAGAAAAGCCGCUGUGAUCUACGACAGUGAAGAGGAAGAGCAGGACGAGCAGGAGGUGCAGACGCACCCGUCCUUCCACGUGCGUGAGGCCUCCACGCCCAUAUCAGCGCCCAAAUCAGCACCCAGGACUUCCAGGAAGAGCGUGGGGGGAAGUGCCGCUGUGGUCUCGCACCUCCUCCAGUCCUUCAUGGAGGAUGGGGAGGAAGAGGCUGAGGAAGAGGCUGAGGAAGAGGCUGAGGAGGAGGAAGAGGAGGAAGAGGAGGAAGAGGAGAGGCAAUCUGAGGAGGACAAUCCUGAUGAGGAAGAGUCACGUGUGGAGGAUGCUAACGGUGAAAGUGGCAGCAGGGACAGGGAAGCUUUAGAGUUGAGCUCAGAUAGGACAGAAGAAGAGGAGGAGGAGGAAGAAGAAGAAGAAAAGAGAGAUAUCUCUUCAGCUCACAGUGAGGAUCAGCUGGAGGAAACCGAAGGAGAGACACUAGGAGACACGGAGGAGGAGAGCUCCAAGUACUUGAGUAUGGAGAAAGAGGGGGAGGGCUGGAGCAGCGAGCCCGAGCUGGCCUCUGGGGAGCGGCUGGAUCCGUGCACGGCGGAGCCGGCGAUGGAGCCAGCAGAGGAGCCGGCAGACAGCUACGACGCGCUGGUCAGGAAAGGGAAGGAGUGCUACAACCAGGCCCGGCUGGAGGAGGCCCUGGACUUGUUCGUGAGGGCCAUCGACAUCAGGCCCGGGGACCCGGAGGUCCAGUCCAUGACCAUCCAGCUGUACCGGAAGCUGACGCAGAAACGCUGACGGGGAGACGCUGACGGGGGAUCCUGCUCCACCGCCGAGUAGACGUUACAUUGCUUUCCUGCACAAUAAUGUUUCAGAGAGGUCGGAUCUAAAACAUAAAGGAUUAGAAUAAACAUACACACGUGU